AUGUUGUUGUUUUCAUGCCGUCUACAUUCCAAACUAGGUUUGACGGCUACAAGCAUAAUCACGACAACAACCACAUUCAACGCUUUUGGAAACAGCCAAGCGUCGUUUGCGGUUCAAGACUUUUACUUCGUUGAAGACUCGAGUGAUCGGCAAUAG